AGUAGAAACUAGAAAUGACUGGUUUCUCCUGUAACUUGCUUGUACUUGUACAGAACCGUGUUUAGCUUUAUUAGUAGUUACCAAUAUUUUAAAACAUUUUCUGAACUCAAUCUAAUAAAAUUGAUCAGUUCAUCAAAUUUUAACCAACUGACAAGGCUAUGGUGCACCACGGAGCUGACAACAAAGCAAUGGUGUGGGAGAGCUCCGACAAGCUGGCAGCAGACAGCAGGCUGAACCUCGGUAAGGUAGAAGAUCACAGACCUUCAGUAGUAGACCUGCCAACUGUAGAAAGCGUAGGACACAUGCAGAGGCCCAAAUAUCCUACAACGUAUAUAGAGACUCUCGAAAAUCACUUAAAAAGUAACAUCGCUUCAGGAAUGUUUGCCAUGGGAGAUGCGUUCAAAAAUGCAGGUCUUCUGUUGGCACCAAUCUUGACGGUGUUUUUGGGAUGUCUCUGUGUCUUCAAUCAACACACACUGGUAAACUGUGCCAACAAGAUGAGAGAGAAAAGGAAACUCAACUACUACCCGAACUUUGAUGAUACAGUGGAGCUGAGCUUUGAUGCUGGUCCUCCUCUGUUCCACAGACAUGCCAAACACGGCAGAUUUGCUGUAAACUUCUUUGUGACGGUAGCUCAAUUGGGAUUCUGCUGCGUGUAUAUAGUUUUUGUCACCAGCACUAGUCAGCAGAUCCUGCACUACUUCGGAUAUAAUAUGGAGAUUCACCUGAACAUGGUGAUCACGCAGGUCUUCAUCACCAUAACCAUCCUCAUCCGCAAUCUUAAGUACGUGGCACCGGUGUCACUGUUUGCUACAGUCAUCACAGUGGUCGGCAUCGCUCUAACCCUAUACAUCUCUACUGAGGACAUCCCCCCGAUAGCUGACCGUCGUGCUGUGGCGUCGCUCAACCAAUUACCGCUUUUCUUUGGCACUGUCGUGUACGCUUAUGAAGGCAUCAGUUUGGUGUUGCCCUUGCAAACUGAAAUGAAGAAUCCAGAGAAAUUUAGCACACCACUUGGUGUGUUGAAUGUUGGAAACCUGAUUGUCACUAUAUUGCUACUGAGCAUUGGCUUCAUCGGAUACCUAAAGUAUGGUGAAGCGGUGGAAGGCAGUCUCACACUCAACCUUCCUUACGAAUCUAUACUAUCACAGUGUGUGAAGAUCGCUAUUGCCAUAGGCAUGCUGCUCACUUACCCAAUAAUGUUUUAUGUGCCGAAUGCUGUGGUAUGGUCUGUCAUCGUCAAACGUUGGGGACCUUUUAAAAAAAAGAUCCUUUACGAGUACAUAUUGAGGAUAUUGCUCUCCCUCAUUACUUUCGUGUUGGCUGAGGUGAUACCUAACUUGUCCGUGUUCAUCUCGCUGGUGGGGGCUGUCAGCAGCACUGCUCUCGCCCUCGUGUUUCCCCCACUGUGUGAUCUUUCAAUCCGCUGGAAAGAUCAGGACUUUGGGACCCUUGGCUGGAGGAAGGCUGUGGAUUUCAUCACCCUUGUUGUCGCGAUGUUUGGUUUCUGUACAGGAACUUACUAUAGUUUAGUAGAGAUUGUCAAUUCUUUUAAAAACUAACUUAUAAAAUAGUUUUAAGUUGCUACUGCAUUUUGGAAAUUAUUAGUUGUUUUUUCCCUGAUAGUUUUUUAUGGCCUAGCCUCUAGCUACUUAGUACUGGGUUAAAUACAGCCAGCUACCAUUUCAUACAGUUCACUUUUAUGUGGAUGUUUUCGUUACCAAUAGGUUUUUAUGUAUAUACUUCAACAUGUUAUACUGAAUACUCCAAACGAAGUCGAAAAUAUUUUAUAAAUUUGUUUGAAAAUCGGUUAGUGAUUAUUGGGCUGGAGAAAAAUCGCAUCCCCAGCUAAGAUGAAGGUCUAGACACAAUUUGUAUCUGGCAUCAACUUCUCUCUUUUCUAAAACUACAAUUACUAAACAAAUAUAAUAAAUGUAUGUUUGAAUUUUUAACUCUAAAUAAUAUUACCACUAACAAAAACAUGUUUUAAGUUAUCCUUGACAAUUUCUCUUUUUUAUCUAAAUGGUUUCUCUUCUUUCACCUUUCAGUCCUGUGUUUUAGUGCAAUGCACCAUACUCGUAAUUUUUACACAUAAAGUAUAUGUUUUUAAGUACCUAUUGUCAUACAUUUCCGGGUCAAUCAGUUUUGUUAACUGAAGGGAUGUUUCGGAACUUACUUAAGUUAUAAUUACAGUUAGUACUUGUGAAGUAUCUUAAAUUAUAAACGUUAAAUAGUUAUUCAUAUGAACAUAAUUCUAUGCACUAUCUGUUCAAGAAAUACAUACAGUAUCUGUUUUGUUCAUUGUGUUACCUUAUGAUCUGUAAUUUUUGAUUUAUUAAGAUGAUAUACUUAAUGUUUGUCUUAUAACGUCAAUUGUAUUACAUCAUGUAAUUUAUCGAUUGGCUUUAGAUAUUGAAUUGUUAUAAAAAGCGGUUAGUAUGUUACAAAGCUAACAUUUUAUGUAAACGUUACUGUUAUCGAAUGAAAUAUAUGGAUAGUUACAAAUA